AUGAGUACUUAUAAUACCCAAGGAGUUACUCCACCAGAAAAAGAAGUAAAGAACGAAGUAUCAUCUUCAGAUGAAAGAUUAAUUGAUUAUGAUGAUGGGCAACUCAUAUAUGUUAGGAGAGGGUCCCAAAGAGACAGCCGCAGGGUCAUUGGCAAAGAUAAUUUAAACUUCGAUAAUUCACACCUUUCGAAGGAACAUGCGUGUCUCCAAUAUAGAAAUGGAGCAUUAUACGUUAAAGAUUGUGGAUCAACUUUUGGAACGACUGUCAAUGAUAAGUUCAUUGUGGCAAAUAGAUGGCAUUUGUUGGAGUCGUGUGAUACGAUUGGGUUUAUUGUUUCCAAGCCCUCGACUUGGAUUGCAAAAAUUGUCAAGAAGUUCCCAGAUCACGAUGAUAUUCCAUUGGAAGAAUUCUCCAACCCUCCAAUUGGAUUGAAGCUUUGUUUUGAGUAUUUGGAUGACAAGCUUAAAUUUAGUGUCGUCAGAAUUGAUAGGGAUCAUGAAUCGGUAUCGGAAGGUGUACCCAUUGAUGCGAGUAUGAACGAGACGUAUGAUACCGAUGCAUAUUACUUUGAUGACUGUUUUGAGGUCGGAAGUAAGCAUCCACACGAAUGUGCCUGUGCAGAAAGGAGUCGUACAGAAGGUAAUGAGAACGAAGCCGUGGCUGAAUCUAAACCUAAUAACAGUUCUGAAGAUACAGAUAAGCCAAACGAUUUUACGACGCAAGUGGAAGUUUCACUAUCAGAUUGUAAAGAUACUGAUGGUAAUGCAGAUCUCGAUAUUCAUGAACCUCAUUUGGAAAUUUCGAGUACGCAUGAGGUAGUGGAUGCAAAAAGCGAGAAUCUGGAUGACGAUGAAAGUUGUUCGUUUGGUCAAUUUACGUCGGAAUUGGUUUCAGAUUCCGAAAUAGCUUCAGAUUCCGAUUCCUUAUCAGGGUUUUCUAGUUCUGAAUCUGAUUCUAGCUCCAGCUCGAGUUCUAGCUCCAGCUCAAGUUCCAGUUCCAGCUCCAGCUCCUCUAUAUCAGAAUCGAAUGACUCAGAACUUGAACUUGAUACAAGCAUUAUCAUUGCAAACAUCAAUUCUGAUGAAGAAUGUGCUGAUCAUAAUGAUGGUUGGGGUUGUCAUAAAUUUUCUGGUUUUAACAAUUCCAACACCGAAGAAUCUACUAUUUGUGGCCUUCCACAUGCUAUUGUUCCAGUAUUAGAUCAUACUGAAGAUUUUUUAGAUUCGUUUACUACGUCAGGGUCUUCUAGUGCUGAAAGUAGCAGGAAAAGGUCGUUUGAUGAAUAUCAAGAUGAUAUUCAAUCCUCAGACGAGGAACACAAAUCAAAGAAGGUCAAAUUGCCAUCAACAGAGGAUAAGUUUACAUUCAAAUCAAUUGCUAAAGAGGUUGCAAAAGGUGCUUUAUAUGCUUUGGCAACUAUCACAGCGCUUGGAGUUUAUGGAAGUACUAUUGAUAAUCAAGAAUGA